ACUGUUGAUUUCGUCGGUUUUGAGAAGUGAAUUUUAAACUGCGAUAACCGCCAUCUAGCGUCUCUCAAUCAAUCCCGACCUUUCCCGACACAACAAUUACAGUGUUCGACUUGUUGAGAAUUUGAAUUCCUGUGAAUUCCGAUUGUUGGAUUUUUUUGUUUAUUGCAAUUAUGCUGAAUGACAGUGAGAGGCUCUCGGCCGGUAUGCAACAAAAUGGCGUCGUCCAGCCUCUCCUCACUGAUCUUUAUCAGAUUACUAUGGCCUAUGCUUACUGGAAAGGCGGCAAAAUGGAUGAUUUCACUACUUUUGAUUUGUUCUUCCGGAAAAAUCCAUUCAGGGGGGAGUUCACCAUUUUUGCAGGACUGGGGGAAUGUCUGAAGUUCAUGGAAAAGUUUCGAUAUUCUGACAGUGAUAUUGAAUACUUGAAGACAACAAUGCCGGAGUCUGUGGAGCCCGAGUUUUUUGAGUACCUGAAGAAUUUAACGCCGGUCGAUGUUACUAUUUAUGCUAUUGAAGAAGGAUCUGUCGUAUUUCCCAGAGUGCCUUUGAUGAAGGUGGAAGGGCCUCUGAUAAUGGUGCAACUGCUGGAAACAACCCUUCUAACUCUCGUAAAUUACGCGAGUCUAAUGGCAACAAAUGCAGCAAGAUAUCGCAUGGUAGCUGGUAAUAAUGUAUCGCUUCUCGAAUUCGGUCUACGUCGUGCACAAGGUCCUGACGGUGGCCUGAGUGCCUCAAGGUACAGCUACAUAGGUGGUUUCGAUGGAACAAGCAACAUUCUCGCUGGUAAACUCUUCGACAUCCCAGUGCGAGGAACUCACGCUCAUGCCUACAUCAGCUCUUUCGCUGGAAUUGAUGAAUUGAAGCUCAGAACUCUAAGGCAUAAAGAUAGCGGUGAGGAGUUCAAUCUCCUUGACCUUGCGUGCCAGUAUCGUGAGGCAAUAGCUUCUGAUCUCGAAGCACUAGUAAUGGAGGCAUCUGACAGUGAACUUGCAGCUCUCGUAAGCUUUGCAAUUGCCUUUCCAGACGGUUUUAUGGCACUCGUCGAUACUUACGACGUCAAAAGCAUAAAAUCAUCGAUCGAACGGCAGGUACGCAUAAGCAGCUCAAAACUUAAUUCUAAUGACACUAAAACCGAGACCACGGUCAGUGUUAGUGAUGGAAAUAACUUGAAUUAUGAGACGAUUAAAUCAGAAUCCCACAAGAAUGACUUUAAUGUCAUGCAACAAGACUGGCCCCACAAGAGCCUCACAAGAACACCGUCACACAACACUGAUUAUUUAAAACCAGGCGAAUUGGGCGAGCUCUGUGUGAGGAGUGGAUUAUUGAAUUUCUGUGCCGUGGCCCUGGCUCUCUCCGACUUGGGCUACAAGGCAGUUGGUAUCAGAAUCGACAGUGGAGAUCUUGCCUAUCUUAGUCAGUUAUCGAGAGAGACCUUCCGUAAGCUUGCCGACAAGUUCAAUCUACCGUGGUUUGCAAAAUUAACGAUAGUUGCCUCUAAUGACAUCAACGAAGAGACAAUAAUCAGCCUAAAUGAGCAGAAUCACCAGAUCGAUUGCUUCGGGGUCGGAACCCAUCUGGUGACAUGCCAGAGACAACCGGCUCUUGGUUGCGUGUACAAAAUGGUGGAAAUUAACGAUCAACCGAGAAUAAAACUUAGUCAGGAAGUUGAUAAGGUUACGAUACCCGGAAGAAAAAAUGCUUACAGGCUUUAUGGGGCUGAUGGGCAUGCCUUGAUCGAUCUUCUGCAAAGAUCGACUGAGCCUGCACCACAAGUCGGAAGGAGGGUGUUGUGCAGGCAUCCGUUUCAGGAAUCCAAGAGAGCUUAUGUCAUUCCUACCAGAGUUGAGACCUUACACAGGGUAUACUGGAAUAAAGGACAAGUGGUGCUCCCAAUUCCCACUUUGCAGAAGGCAAGAAACCGAGUUCAGGAAUCCCUGAAGACCUUGAGAACUGAUAUCAAACGCAGCUUGAAUCCGACUCCAUACAAGGUAGCUGUCAGCGACGACUUAUACACUUACAUUCAUGAUCUCUGGGUUCAAAAUGCCCCAAUCGGUGAGCUAUCAUGAAAAAACUGUCGAGUCGAAGCUAUGGAAGACUUCAAACUCACGAAACUUAUCAAAUUGGAGAAAUAGUCGAUAUGAUGUAAAAAAUCUGACGACAUGAAUAUCUCCAAUUAUUUUCUAUGUUCCAUUUCAAUGGACAAGUUUGAUAUUUUGAGAGCCGAAGUAUAUGUGGUACCUUGUUAAAACGACGAACUAAUGGCGAAAGUGCAAAAUGUAUGUGAAAAUUAGAAAUUGAAAACGAAACUUAGAUAAUCAAGUCAGUUCUAAAUGCAUAAUUAUUGUGAAUCAAAGUUGCCAGAGAUGAAAAAUUUUUCUGGUAUAAAAAAAUAUUUUGAGGGCUAGCAGAAUGUGAUUAAUCAUAAUAGAGGUUCAACUAAACGAGAGACAGAUUUUUCUAUAUAGAGGCUUUAUCGAGGUUCAAAUCAAAUACAUAUUUAUGCUGCGUAUGUAGAGAUGUGUAUUUACAAGCACCAAUGCAUGAUAAAAUUACGGUACAAAGAAUAAAAGAAUUUUUAGAUACAAUCGAUUAACACUUCUGUAUUCUAUCGAGUAUUGAGUUCUAUAAGAUGGAGUAGUGAAGAUUAUCGAAAUGUGUUAUUGGUAGCUCAAACAUUGGAAUGGGAAUGACACCAAAAAAUCCAUAGGCAUAAAUAGAAAUAAAUAUUUUUAUUGACGGGAUAACAGGCAGCUAUUGAUUGGGUAAUCAAUGGUUAAUGUACAUGCCAUUUUGUUUUUGUUAUUGAUACAAUAUUUGUUAAUCUUUUUAUGUGCUUUUAAUACAUAAUAAACUGUUUUUCUCGUCUUA